AAGCUCAGAGGAAGUAGCGGGGUUAAGGCGGAAGUACAGUAGUCAAUGUGAAUGGAUCAUGCAACAUUGAUUGUUGCAAAUUUGGCAACAAGAGUAUGAUUAUUAUAUUGUUUUUGCACAUUUAACAAACAUGGCUUGUUUCUUCAGAAGAAAAAUAGCAGCAAAGCUGGGCCGCACGCUGCAGCAGUCUGAGGAUGCCUUCAUACCAGCUCUGUCAGCAGUUCCAGUGUUUAAGAAACAGCAGACUGCUGACUUCAAACUAUCAAUCAGCACAUUACGGAUGAGUGGGAUUUUACCAUCCAGUGGUGACAUUCAGCUGCAGACUGAAGGCUUGGCCACUCGGUUGAAGCAGGACAGUGUGGUGGAGGACAUAUCUGCUGGAUGUGGAGUGAUCAACUUUAAAGUGAAUCGCAAGCUUCUUGUCCAGAAAAUGUUGGAGCCAUUUGGAAAAGAGGAGGGCGAGAAAUUUGGGUUAAAUAGUGAACUCUUCAAUACUCUCAAGAGAGGAACAACAUUAGUUGAGUAUAGCUCUCCAAAUAUAGCCAAAAAAUUUCAUGCUGGACACUUAAGAUCUACAAUUAUUGGUAACUUUAUUGCUAACUUAAAGCAGUGUCUUGGAAACAACGUUAUUCGAAUGAACUACCUCGGAGACUGGGGUAUGCAGUUUGGUUUGCUGGGUGCUGGGUUUGGUCUAUUUGGAUGUCAGGAGAAACUGAAACAGAAUCCCUUACAGCAUCUGUUUGAGGUUUAUGUUCAAGUAAACAAGGAGGCAGAGCACAAUGAGGAAAUUAUGCUGGCUGCCAGAAACUUCUUUAGACAGCUGGAGCAGCAUGAGAGCGAGGCUGUGUCGUUAUGGCAACAGUUCAGAGAGAUCACAGUGGACGAGUAUCAACAUGUUUACAAGCGGUUAGGCGUCCACUUUGAUAUUUACUCCGGGGAGUCCUUUCACCAACAUCAAGCCCAAGAGGUGGUGCAGCAGCUUCAGAGUCGAGGCCUGAUGAAAACCUCUGAGAAAGGAACAGGUGUAGUGGAUGUCUCGUCUUCUGGAGACAUGAGCAGCAUCUGUACAGUGCUCCGCAGUGAUGGCACAUCUCUCUACAUCACCAGAGAUCUUGCUGCAGCAAUUGACCGAAAAGAAAAGUACCAUUUUGAUGAGAUGAUUUAUGUGACAGAUAAAAGCCAAGCGAAUCACUUCCACCAGUUGUUCCACAUCCUGCUCGCUAUGGGACAUUCUUGGGCUGACAGGUGUGAGCAUGUGCCCUUUGGCCUGGUGCGAGGUAUGAAUACCCGGAGGGGGGAGGUGGUGUUUCUGGAGGAUGUGCUGGACGAAGCUCGGGCCAGGAUGCUCCACAACAUGAACCAGUCAAAAACAACAAAGGAAAUGGACAACCCAGAGGACACGGCAGAGAAAGUGGGAAUCAGUGCUCUAAUAGUGCAGGACUUCAGAGGUCCGCUGCAGUCAGACUAUAAGUUUGACUGGGACAGGAUGCUGCAGGCUCAGGGAGACACAGGAGUUUUCCUCCAGUACACACAUGCUCGACUCCGCAGUUUAAUACGGAGGAAUGAAGGUGACGAGGCAGUUAUAUUUGACCCAUCCCUCCUACUUGAGCAGAUGAGUAUCACCAUCCUGCAGCACCUCCUUCGCUACGAUGAAGUGUUGUACCAGUCGGCCCAGGAUCUGCAGCCCAAACACCUUGUCAACUUUUUAUUGAAGCUAUGCCACCUCAUCGCCUCAGCACACAGAGAGCUGCCGGUGAAAGGAAGUGCUCAGGAUGUUGCACAGGCAAGGUUGAAGCUGUUCAGUGGGGCCUGCUCAGUCCUGGCCAAUGGGAUGAGGAUACUUGGCAUCACACCAGUUGAUAAAAUGUGAAUGUAUUAAUUUA